GGGGGCGCCCGAAACCACUGCCUGAUUGCCCUCCAAUUCCCACUUGUGGCCUUUGGGUGGAAGGAUCCGUCUUUAUAGCAACCUUCCUUCCACCUGUCUUCUUCGCUGCCUGGCUGCCUUCGGUGCAAGGAUUUCAUCACGCUCGAGCAAUGGCAGGGAAGAACACUACGUUGAUUUUGAAAGUUGAUCUGGAAUGCUGCCGCUGCGACAAGAAGAUAAGGAAGAUUUUGUGCAGGCUUCAAGAUGAAGUGCACAUCACGGCGAUCGCCUUCGACGAGAAGAGCGGGACGGUGACGGUCUCCGGCGUGUUUGACGCCGAGAGGGUCUCGAGGAAGCUCAAGUGCAGGGCCAGGAAAGUGAUCAAGAACAUUGAGGAGAAGAAACCAGAGGAGAAGAAGAAACCAGAGGAGAAGAAACCAGAGGAGAAGAAGAAAGAAGAGAAGAAACCAGAAGAGAAUAAGAAAGAAGAGAAGAAACCAGAGGAGAAGAAGAAAGAAGAGAAGAAACAGAGAAUUAAGUUUGAUCCGGUGAUGAUGACGCCGUACCCGUACUUCUGGACGGCGCCGGGGCCGAUGUGCUGCCACCGGCCGUACCUGGAGAGCUACCACGGCGGGUGCAGGUGCUGCUCCUGCGGAAGGAUGACGGAGGCGGAGCCGCCGGCGAUGGCCUACCCGCCGGCGCCGGUUCCCUGCUACUACCCUGUGACUUACCAGCAGCUGUGCCAAUUCUCCUGUGAAGACGACCCUGCAACUUCUUGCUCCAUCAUGUAA